AUGAGUAAAACGCCCGAUGUUUCCGCCUUGGUUCAAUCACUCCGGCAAGCCACAAAAGAUCUCAGUCUUCCAGAUGAACCGGAUAUUUUGGAAAACGAUGAAACGUACAUUCGAUUUCUCAAAUCGCGUAAUUGGGAUUUGGAUGCCACGGAAAAAAUGCUGCGUAAAAGUGUCACGUGGCGCACGGAAUUCCGACCCUCCACAAUCCAGUGCACAGCAUGCAGUUCUUAUCCGGGCGCGCACACACUGGUACCGAAGCACCCGAUGUGUCCACGUCGAGCAGCCCAAUACGAGCACGGUUCCACAUCUGUAUCUACAUGA